AUGAAGGACAAUUCUAACCAAGAUAAUUAUGAUGUUCAAAGCAUAGAUAAUUGUAAUAACAUAUAUCAACAACCGAUUACUCAUCAAACAAUUAUUAUUAAAAAUCUUGAACAAUCAUUGAAACAGAAUAAAAUAUUAAUUAACGAAAAAUUUAUUUCAAAUUAUUAUCAAUGGUCAUUAUAUGAUAUUAAAAGUGCUCAUGAUGAUCUUUUUAAUAAAAUGUCUUCGGAAUAUUUACAAAAAUUAUUUUAUUCUCAAAAUUCUAAACUUGAAUCAUUAUCUUAUUUUAAUUGUAAGAAAAUUGGUGAAUAUUCAUUAAUGUACGAUCGAAUUAUACAUGGAGAUUAUAUUUAUCCCUUACAACAUUUUGGUACUAGUCAAAUAAAUAAACUACAUCCUUUACGUAAUUCAAUACCAUGUGAAGAAACAUUUCGAUGGAUGCCAGUUCGUUCAUCAUCAAUGAUUGGAAGACGAGUUCAUUUACCAUUAGAUUUAUUUUAUACUACAUCAAUUUUUAAUCAACAAAAAAAAAUCAUUAGAAAUUAA